CAUUUUCGGUCCAGAACACAGAUCGCGCCGCUAAGUUUGUCAUCUUUGUUUAGAUGAGCUCAAAGUACGCAGGGAUACAAUUACGAUCUGUAUACAAUAUCGCAAACUUGUGUGUUUAGUUAGUUAAACAACAGAAACGCGACACCACCUUUUAAAAAUAAUACGUGAGUUUAUUUUUACAGGGAAAGUCUCAGUUUGAACUGGAUGCUCAUGCUAACGUCAGCUAACUAAUAGCAUUGUCAUGUACUUUUAUGAGGCUUUACUUUCAUUUUUGUUUCUUCAAACAGUUCAUAAAUAAGAGAGCAGAAACGGUCCACAUUUUGGAUAGCGGUGGCUCCCGCCUCGAUGGCAGAUAAAAUCAUAGUCCUUGAUGACGAUGACGAAGGGAACCCUCAACCUUCCUGCUCUGCCGCUACCUCAUCCUCUGAGCAUCAAGCCAAAAACGUCUCGCCGCUCAAAGGUCAGAUUCCAGCGGCCACCCACAUCACCCGGUCUCCUUUUGCCUCAGCAAAGAAAGACCCCCAUGUUCUGGAGGCAGAGAAUCAGAAGUUGUUCAGCGAGUUUGUGGAGCAUUGCUCAACUCUCACCAAGGACUGCCCAGAGGUCCUGACCUUCCUCGAAACGAAGCAUGGCAAGGCCUGUCCCAACUUCCUGUCGUCCGUGGAGUUCAGGAACACCCUGGGCCGAUGUUUGACUCGCGCUCAGAGCAAUCAGUCAAAAACAUUCGUCUAUAUCAAUGAACUGUGCACUGUGCUCAAGCAGCACGCCACCAAGAAGCGGCAGACCCUCACCGUGGUCACGCCUUCUGCUUCAACAUCAGGUUCUUCUCCAUCUACCUCUGUUUUGUUUAAAAGCAAAGACAAGACUAAACUGAAGACGGAUGAAGAGGGAGAUGAAUCGAAGCAAGCAGCAGAUGAGCAACCUUCCACCUCAGGACUGCAGGAGGACGGUAAAGAGCAGGAUGCGGAAGCAGAGAGGAAAGCCAAGAGGGCGUCCAGGAAACAGAUCGCCUACCUGGAGAACUUACUAAAGGUCUACAAUGACGAGAUCUCCCGUCUGCAGGAGGCCGAGCUGAGUUUGGACGAGCUGGGAGCUGAAGACUCUACAUACAUCCAGGAGCACAAGCUGAAACGGAAGAUGAUGAAGAUUUAUGAAAAGCUGUGUGAAAUGAAGGGCUGCAACACACUAACGGGUCGAGUGAUUGAGCAGAAAAUCGUCUACCGUGGAACCCGUUACCCUGAGAUCAACAGGAAGAUCGAGCGUUUCAUCAACAGUCCGGAGGCACACAGGAACCCUCCAGACUAUCAGGACAUCCUCCAGCAGGUGUUGCGUGCCAAUGAGCGCCACAAAUUGUGUUUGACCAGAAAGCAGAUGAUCCAGCUCGCUCAGGAGGCCUUCAGAGAAACGGGGAGCCGCAUGCAGGAGCGACGUCACCUGGACCUGGUGUACAACUUCGGCUCGCAUAUGACAGACAGCUACAAGCCUGCCACAGACCCGGCUCUGUCGGACCUCACGCUGACGAAGAAGCUGCGGUCAAACAGAGAAUUGGCCAUAACCCGUCUGGAGGAGGUCAUCACCAAAUUUUCUGGCAGACAAGAGGACACCGAGGAGCAAGAGAGGCGCAAACGGCUGGAUAAAGACACCAAGGACAAGGAGGGGCAGAAAUCAGAAAAGGUAGCAGAGACAAAAGAGGCAAAUGGAGUCGAAGACGAGGAGGACGAUGAAGAUGAGGAGGAUGACGAAUCAUCAGAUCCAGACAUUGAGGAAGAGAUUCAGGCCAGCACUCAGCAGGAUGGACCAGACGAUGAGAACGAGGAAGACGAUGGUAACGAGGCAGAGCAGGCGUGUGAAGGCGGCAACAAGGAGGAUCAGACUUAUGACCAGAUGGGAGAUGUUUCUGCAGGUGAAGAGGGAAGCGGGAAGGAUGAAGAGGAACUGGUCACAAGUGGAAGUCCCGUCUCUGAUGAAACAAAGUCCCAGAUCUCUCCCAUGUCCGACAUCCCGUCCCCAAGGGACAGCCCCAGCCAAUCAGAAGCCAUGCAGGCUGACGACCUGCAGCCGCUGUCUAACAGUAACGGGGAAUUACAGGAGCCUGUGGACUCCUCCAAUCAACUGUCAGUUGUUGUCGUAAGAACCAACAAACCCUCGGACAACACGAGGGACGCCUCCACAGAAGCAGCCGGUGACGAGCCUUUACUCGUGCAGCAAACCAUCACUGUGGAAAAAUGCGAAACCAAUGGCACGUCGCCGCCUCCGAGCCCCAGAACGACGAGGAGCCAGAAAAGGAAGCGGGUAGAUACGUCAGAGAAGGUCAAGAAAACGAAGCACAUAAUCCUCCAUGACGGCGACAUAGAUAUUCCCCUGGAUAUGGAAGUGGUGAGCUACAAUUCUUCACCAACCGCCGAGUCCACGCGAGCAGAUUCUCCGGUUCAGGAGCUGGUGAGCAGUUCGCAGUCGACGCCGCCCCCCAAGAAGAACAAGAUCGACGCGGCGACUCAGUGUGACCCGGACGAGAUCAUCGUCCUGUCAGACUCAGAGUGACACGUAUCGAUUGAGCUUUCAUGGAUUCGCUCACUUUCUGUUUGCACUCUGAGCCCAACCUCUGGAAAACAGGUGAUUCCAAAGGCCAUCGCUGUGGGAAAGAGGAACAGUAUAUAUUUUUUAUUCCUUCUAUUUAGAGCUGUGAAAGUCUUCGUAUAAAUUCUGUGGAAAUGGAAAAGAUCAAGUCGUCUUUUUACACAGAGUGGGUAUUUACUGAGCUCAAACAGGAUGAUGUGGCCUUGGCAGGACACGUCUGUUGCGCCAGCCUCACUCCACAGUUUCUGUCCAUGAACCGGAGCGCUGCCCGGCAUCGGCGCUGAUUCAAAACGAUCCACUGCUACAAGCAGCACCCACGCCACUAAUGCUUCAGACUUUACAUCUGUAGUCAUUGCAUUAAGUAUGUUUUUUUUUUUCUUCACUGCACAUGACUUGAACCCUGAACUCUGGUUGCUUUGGGAGGGAACGAGUGCCUGACGACAUGAACGGUGCAGCCCAACGUGCCGCCCUCACUCACGUUUGACGGGCCGGGCCACGUCAGAACCGCCACUGUUUACAUUUUUAUAUCAACCGAAUCUUUCUUCCGUAUAGCAGAGGGAGGUUUGGGCUGUUAAAAGGAAUUUAAAGAUGCCGUUUUACUUGUUUAGGAUGUUUAUGGUGUUGCGAGAGUCAGCGACAGGGUGGUUUGUGCUGUUAUGUUAGACGUGUGGUGCCUGCAGACGAGAUAAUGGUAAACAUUUAUAACAUUCUUCUAUUUUUAUUUUCCCAUCACAACAUAUUUCCUGGUGUGAAAUAAAAUGACCUGCCUUGUUCUGUGGCCACAGCAUCAUUGAAUAGCCGAACAAACACACAAAAAGACAGGAACUACUGGACUGUUCUUGCCAUUGUUCUUUUUUUGUUUUCCAUCAAGUUGUUGUAUUUGUUUUUAUUUUUGUUCUUCAAAAAAUGGAAAUUAAAUUUUUAUACAGAA